GUGACAUUUCCUUGUAAUGAUUAUGUCAAAUAGGUUUUUUUUUUCGUGUAUAUGAAUGCUUCUACGCUCUUUUAAAGGCUCACUCCCAAAAAAAUUUACGAGUGUGUUACAUCACUUUUGGAUAUUCUAAAGACAUGUUUCGGUUCAUAUUUCUCGCAUUAUUUGCUGUCGUAAUCCAGGUUUAUGCCCAUCAUGAAGAAAAUCAUGAUCCAAGAGAAAAUGCAGAGAACGUAAAAUCAUGGAGGGAUACUAUUUGCGAAAAGGACAAUGACAGUUUGAACAAUGAAAUGGAGGUGUGCUUCCAAUUGGAAUCUAAAUCUAAUCGGGAUGCAACAGCUGACUGUGCUAAAGAAGCCGUUCCAUCAUCGAAUGGCAAAACAGUGAAAUUUAUGAAAGAAGCUUGUAAAAAUAGAGAAGCUUUUAAAAAGUUUGACGAUUGCUUCGCGGAAUACUAUGCAAAUCCUGUUUUCAGAUCACAGAUGGAAGUCUCACGUGAAACUGUGGUUUGCUACAAUGAAGUACUCAAGAAAUAUAACCUUGAAGCAUUUUUAUACGAUCUCAGUGCCUACGACGAAGCAGAUGCAAAUCAAGAAAACUGACUUUAAUAAUAUUGUAUAUGAUGAUAGUUCUUUGAAUAUGAUUUGUACCACAGAUAAUUUUUUAAGAGCUGCAUCAACGUAGAAAUGUUAAACCUAAGUGUAAAACUUUUUUACUAAAAAUAAAACUUCUUUAAAAAGUA